GUUUCGCGGCAAACUUUUUAAAAUACAUUUUUGGCAAAAUGUAUCCUGACAAGUAAUAUCUAUUGAAAUACGAAAACUGUCUCGUUAUGUGUAUGUACAGUGAAAACCUGAUGACAAUGACGUCGUGUGAACGCACGUGUACCUCAGAAUUUACCUUCACCUUAUUUUCAAACGAGCCGGAAUCCUCGACCGGACAUACAUUGUUUGACACGUACCUAUAACACACACGUAGUACGCGAAAGCUAAAUUGAGGACGAAAUAUUAUCUACCCAGUACGUUAAAAUUGAUCAAACAAUUUUUCCCAGUCGAUCAGAGGUUCCGUCAAGCUAAGGAAGUCAAGCUUGGAACUCCUCAGGAGCGAUAGAUAGUUGAAUUGAAUCCAAUCAUCCACCGCGGUUGACGUUUACUAGCAAUUCCCAUUGUCGAAUUAUAGUUAAUUAAGUGACAGCGUAUGAUCUCGCAACAACAAUGUUUCACCACGCGCGUAACUUGCAAGCUGUAAUUUCUUUUUACCCUUAAAUCCGUGGUGGAGAAUUUUCGUCGUCAGCGAUUAACGAGCCGUUUUAAUAAAUCAAUCGUUGUUAUGCUAAUAAGAAAAUCGAGCACCGGGAAUUUGUCUGUGAAUAUCGUCGUUGCAAAGCUCUUCCCUGGAGACGUAUACCGCCUACGAAUCUAUCGUGACUUUUGAAUGUCAGCGCGACACGCAAAGACCCCGCUACCCUCUUUCCACCCAAAACGGCACACAGUUCAAGAAUCACGAUUCCUACUAAAACGUCUCCGCUCCUCCCUUCUGUGGGGAGUAGAGCGAGAGCGCACAGCGAACUUCUGCCUCGUGCCUGUAAAAAGACGAGCAGCUCAGAGACCAUUGCGACUUCGACCCAGACCCCAAGGAGAUCGAGGAGACACCCGGUCUCUCGGAAAUCAUCAAACGACACCGGAAAUGACAUGGUCGCCACUGCCUCCGGAACGGUGCAGAUUUUGUUCGACUUCACGCGAGGCUCAGACCAGGCCGGAAGUUGGUCAGAACACUCGGACACCGUGAAACCAUCCGGUAUGUCGAAGGCGGUGAUGGUUACGCAGAAGACGCAGCAGUUCCAGCGAGCGAUACUUUUCACCCUGUUCAACCCACAGCCAAACGGAUCCGGAUUCGCGUCGGUUCGCUGUGACACCAGCUUUGAUCUCUCGGAAUUCAACAGCAUCACCGUACGCUGCAGAGGCCAGGGAAUCAACACCAAGUACAAAAUGCUCCUCCGGCACAAAGGGCUCGAUAAAGACUCUGCCGUCUACGGUCAAAUAUUUGCGGCCCCCGAGAAGGAGUUUGCAACAGUGAGAUUGCCCCUGGCUGAAUUCAAGCCGUACCAUCGUGGGAUGGAGCUGUCGUUGCAGACGAAUCCGCUGGAUGUAACAUCGAUCACCAACGUUGGAUUGAAAGUGGAUAACGGACAGUAUCUCCCGGAGAAUCAACCAGGUGUGGCAGCUCUUGAGAUUGAUUGGAUCAAGGCCACAAAGUCAGCUGCAACUUGAGCUGCUCACAAAACGAUCGUUAACUGAAAUGAGAAUUACCUUAUUCGCUACAUCAGAUGAAUGCGAUUUCGAAUGUGAGAAAUUUCACGUGUUGGAUAAAUCGAGACGAUAAAUGCACAAGUGUUUUAGUUUUUAAUUGCGAUGCUGAGGUUCAAUAUUGUACACAACUGGGUGAUUUUCACCUUCGCGUGCAAAAAUGAUAACUAAAUUUCAAUUGGAACUCAUACUGUUUAUAGAAUCAAAUUGCCCUACAGUAUACAUAAAGUUUGUACGUUUCAUUUCAAGGGAUCGCCAUAACAAAUUGUUAAUUCCUCAGUGAAAUCUUUGACGUGAUCAAUACUGAUACCAUGACAACUAUUAUAUUAUCCUUGCAUGUGUGAAUGAAUUUGGUCUCUGUUACAAUAAACAUAUCGUUGAUGAAUCGUUGAUUCAGUCAUGUACAGAACCGAACUUGACUGUUUCACUCGUUUCGCUAUGAUUUAGGCACAGUAAAUCCUGUGAAUGAAUAUUAUACACGCAAUAUUUAAAGACCAGAAGUCGCAAGUUACAGAAUUAUAGGUAUGUAAAGGAAACCAAAAAUAAACAUAUAUUAUAUUGGAGCGAACCGUAGAGA